UUAUCAUUAGCGACAGCACGUAAGAUAGCAGAACUCCUCAGACCCAAGGGUUGCACCCGAAACGACUGGUCGAUUUUGAAGCACCUCACACUCUUACCAAUGACAACAUCGGAUCAACAACCAAAAACCAAGACAAUGGUUCUACUUUUGGUCAUAAUCUACAUGGCCGUGUUAAUCAUGGUGGCCAUAGGAAUGGGUCUCCUUGUGAUGGGCAGAUCCUUCGGCGCCGUCGCCACCUUCGUUGCUCUGGGGCUCGUGUCUUUCGCGUUAGUCUCGGCCUUGCAGCUCCGGUCGUGGCUCCUAACGUCAUACGGCUCCCCCCCUCCCACCCCGAGCGCCCUCGACCCCCCGCCGGCCUACAGAGCGUCCUGGCGGCGUUCGUUUAGGCGGUACCUCGACACCCGUAGAUCCAGGAAUGCGCAGAAUCGAACGCCGUCGGUGGGCGUGGGCGUAAGGGGCGAUGAGGCGGACGGGCGUGUUGUCCUCUCCGUUUCUAAUAAGGACGAAGAAAAUCCGCCUUCCUACGAGGAGGCUUUGAGGAACAGUGUUGAAAAUCUUUCUUGACGUAUUAGGAAAUGUCCGCGUAAAAAACUUAUUUAUUAAUUGCUUUUAUUUAUAAUAAGUAUCUGGAUUUGCUUGUAUAUGUCACUUUUGAUUCCUUUUGCCUGUGUGCCUUGUAUUUUCUAAGUGUAUUUCUUACAAACAGAAGCAAAUAAAUGUAUAUAUUCCUAAAA